AUGGCGAGGAUUGCUCACGGCGGCGCAGCUGCGAUUGUGCUGGCUGCGAAUCGACCGGGCAUGAUAGGUCUGCUGCGAAUGCGCGGAUUGGGAUCGAGCAGCUGCCUGGGUGGCGGCAGCAGCAGGGGAUUUUUGCGCUCGGCACUUCAAAAGCCCCGAUCGCGGGACAGGGCGGGCGAGGCGGCGUGGCGGAGGUUUUGCAUUCAAGAGCAGCUAAACGCACAAGAGGUGACCGUCAAGGACGCGUAUGGAGAUGGGCGACAUGUCAGCAUCGAGGUUGUGGCCGAAGUUUUCGAGGGCCAAUCCCAAGUAAACAGGCAAAGAAUGGUAUACAAGGCCAUCUGGGAAGAGCUCCAGAACGCCGUUCACGCCGUGGACCAGCUCAAGACCAAAACUCCAGCCGAGGCCAAGAGCUAG